AUGGCCUCAGAUCCGAAGGUUGACAUUCUUGAAGAAGUCACAAAGCACAACAGCACCAAAGAUUGUUGGCUUAUUAUUUAUGGGAAGGAGGGAUACUGGAAGUGGAUUCCUUCGGCUAAUUUGCCAAUUUCAGCCCAAUUCAAAUUCUUGGAGGUGGCUUAUCUUCUAGAAGUGUGUUGGCUUGAAAUAGGAGGUAGAAUUGAGACAAAAAUCUUGUCACCAAACACAAGAUAUGGCGCAUACCUCAUCUACACCAUUAAGGGUGAUUUCCAUCUGCUUUACAUCCCAGCAAAGGUGUCCAUUAGAUUUGAAAAUGAGAAUGAAGGUAAUGGUACCAUUGCUUAUUUGCAACCAGAUACACCAGAGGGAGUUGAUGGACAAGUUCCACGAAGGAGAGAGGACAUGUGGUUUGAGAUUGAGAUUGGGGAAUUCUUCAAUGGCAAAGUUGAUAGCCUGGUGGGGAUGCACUUGAUUUGUACUGCCGGUGACUGGAAAUCUGGCCUUGUUGUCCAUGGCAUUGAGCAUCGGCCAAAAUAA